UACAGGAGCUACCAACACCACCCCAUCCUGGCCAUUGGCCUUCAAACAUCAUGUCUCAGCUCGUAGGCAAGACACGCCUCGCCUACGCGCGCGCCUGGCACCACCUCGACAUCUCCGAUGACCCACGCGCACUUGGCCGCAUAGCCUCCUCCAUAGCCCUGACCCUCAUGGGCAAACACAAACCCAUUUUUGAUCCCUCCACCGACUGCGGCGACUACGUCGUCGCUACCAAUUGCGCACACGUUCACGUCUCGGGCAAGAAGCGCUCGCAGAAACUGUACCGCACGCACACGACACGGCCCGGUAGUCUCAAGGAAAUCAGCUUCGAGAACAUGGUGCAGAAGUGGGGAGGUGGCGAGGUGUUGAGGAAAGCUGUGAGUGGCAUGCUGCCUAAGAAUCGGCUGCGUAAGGGGAGAUUGGCUAGGCUGAAGACGUUUGAGGGUGUUGGGCAUCCGUAUAAAGAGAAUGUUUUGAAGGUUGUGAAUGGAGGUGGUCAGGCUAUUGUGGAGCAUACGGAGGUUAAGAAGACGUUGCAAGGGCUUAAGGAGGUCAAGGAAGUGCCUGCUGCUUCAUGA